CCUUUAAAGAGAGUGGGUGGCAAACUAGAUCUAAGUUGAGAGUUAAAUGUUGUUUUGGGCAAAAUAAGUGUUCAGUGUUUAUGCCCACCUUGACGAAUAGAUCUGAGCAAGUAAGCACCAUGACAUCAGACCAGGAGUCAUGCUCUGAUGAGGAACCUGAUAGUGAAAUGUUGAGUGAUGAUCUAUGUCUUCCCGACAGCGACGAUGAGAGACAGGCUCUCCGGACUUCACAGAAUCUCCCCGAAGAGCUACAACUCAACUCAUGUCUUCUUUUACCGCCACGAAGUCUUACUACCAAUAGUCGUGAAAGAUGGCGUCAGCAAAAUGUCAGCGGGGCAUUUGCUGAACUACGAAGACUAGUGCCAACGUAUCCUCAUGAUAAGAAGCUUUCUAAAAAUGAGAUACUUCGCAUGUCUAUAAGGUACAUAGGCCUUCUUUGCGAAGUCAUAGAAUGGCAGAAGAACCACGGUUUACUUACGAAUAAAGAAAACGCUAUUUUGGCCGUCAAAUGUGAAUCACCAAUGAGUCCAGUGUCAUGCCGACGGUUCAAAAGAAACUUUCUAGAGAGACCAGAUGAAAACCAUGACUACAUAGGCAACGAAGAAAAUGAUUUUAGAAGACGUCUUUGCUAUAAAGACUGGUAUGGGAAGGAUUUGAAAAUUUUACGCAAUAAGUUCUAUGUAUCGGCAAGAUGGCGGCAGAUGCCCUUCAGGAAUCUGACGGGGGAAAGAAACGGGAAUAAUUUGCUAAUGAUUGCUCCUAAAGAUGAUGAGAAAAAAGAGAAAAAUGAGGGGAAAGAUAAAAGUUAAUUUCUAAGAUACACUGUUAAUAUAACUGGAGUAACACAUUAUGAUAUAUUUUACUGAUUAGUAUUGAACCUUGAAUAAUAUAGUGGAGAUUGUACAAUAACGUUGUUAUUGGGAUUCAAUUUUAUUAUGAUUUUAUAAUAUUGAUCUCUUUUUAUAUUUGAUGACAAAAAGCAAAAACUUACUUAUACGUUAUAGAAAUUAAGGAUAAUGUUGCGUUGCUGUAAUACUCCAGUUAAUAUAAAAUUAUUUUACGAAGCAAGAUCGCUUAAAUUACUUAAUUAUGUAUUACAUUUAUAGAUUAAACAAUGUAACAAAAAUUGUUCUGAAAGAUCUCAAUAUAUCGUACUAUAAUAAAACUAAAACUAAUAGUCAGUAUAUGUAAUUUAAAAUCAUUAAUAUAUUAUUGUUACUAAGC